AUAUUUUAUUGAUGCGAUUUUAUUGAUGACAAACAUUAAAAAUUAACAAACAAAAGACAAAAUAACUGACGAUUUCUUAUCGUACUAUAGAAAACUACAGCAACGGAAUUAAAUAAAUAGGUCCUAUUGUAACACGAAUUAUACUUAUCGCUCCUGUUUUUUUCCCACAUACCUCUUACGAAUUGUAUUAAACGACGUUUUCGAGGAAGAGUAUCGAACAUCCAUCGAAAUAUCACGGUAUUGUGUAGACUGGUAAACAAAAUCGAAUUUUCUCAAAGAAAUAUUAUUGGUACCACAGACUAAUUGAAUUUAAUAAAAGAUGAUCGAAGACGAUUGUAUGGAAAAAGGAAAGUUAUGGGGAGGCAGAUUUACAAGCAAAGUUCAUCCAGACAUGAAUCGUUUUAACUCCUCAAUUAAUAUAGAUAAGCGAUUAUGGGAAGAGGAUUUGCUAGGUAGUGUAGCGUAUGCAAAAGGAUUAGUUAAAGUUGGUUUAUUAACUGAAGAAGAAGGAAAAUUGAUAUGCGAAGGAUUGGAUACCGUUGCAGCAGAAUGGUGUCAAGAUAAAUUUAUUUUAAAGCCAUCUGUUGAUGAAGAUAUUCAUACCGCAAAUGAACGAAGAUUAAAAGAAUUGAUAGGAGAUGUUGCUGGAAAACUGCAUACUGGUCGCAGUAGAAAUGACCAAGUUGCAACUGAUACGCGUUUAUGGCUCAGAAAAGAAAUUUUGAAAAUUAAAAUACUAUUAAUAAAAUUAAUUGAAACUUUUCAAAACAGAGCUGAAAAAGAGAUUGAUAUUUUAAUGGCAGGCUAUACCCAUUUACAGCGAGCUCAACCUAUCAGAUGGAGUCAAUGGUUGAUGAGUCAUGCAUGGUCAUUUAAAUAUGAUGCAGAUAGAUUAACUCAGUUAUGUGAAAGAGUUAAUGUCUCACCAUUGGGUUGUGGUGCUUUAGCAGGCAACCCAUUUGGUAUUGAUAGAGAGUUUUUAGCAGAUGAAUUAGGCUGUAUUAGUGUUACAGAUAACAGCUUGCAUAGUGUUGGUAAUCGAGAUUUCAUAAUUGAAUUUAUGUUUUGGUCUAGCUUGGUCAUGAUUCACUUUAGUAAUUGGGCAGAAGACCUUAUUAUUUUUAAUACAAAAGAAUUUAAUUUUAUUACUCUAGCAGAUGCUUUUAGCACCGGAAGUAGUUUGAUGCCACAUAAAAAAAAUCCUGAUAGCUUAGAGUUAAUUCGUGGAAAAUGUGGACGGAUUUUUGGUAAUUUUUCAGGGCUUAUGAUGACCUGCAAAGGACUGCCUAGUUCGUACAAUAAAGAUCUACAGGAAGAUAAAGAAUGUUUGUUUGAUACAGUUGAUAAAUUAAAAGAAAUAUUAACAAUUUCUAGAGACACCUUAGAAUCACUUACAUUAAAUAAAGAAAAAUGUCUUGAAUCUUUAGAUUCUAGUAUGCUUUCAACAGAUUUAGCUUACUAUUUAGUUCGAAAAGGAUUACCUUUUCGUGAAGCACAUGAAAUUGCUGGUAAAGCAGUUAUUUUAGCAGAGAAAAAAGGUGUUGCUUUAAAUAGUUUAACCCUUAGUGAUUUGACAACAUUACAUGGAGUUUUCGAUAUUGAUAUUGAAAAAGUUUGGGAUUAUGAAUCAAGUGUUAAUCAGUAUACAUCAACAGGAGGUACGAGUAAAAUUCAGGUGUCAAAACAGAUUCAAAAACUUCAAAGUUGGCUUUUGCAAGUAUAAUAUAAACAUAGAUAUUAUAAAUAUCAGUGUUUGCCAAAAUAGUUAUUUAUUUCACAGAUUUAAUAAAUUUAUAAUUAUUAAA